CCUCAACAUUUUCCCUCCACCAAUAUAUUCACAGCUCCUCCGUCAGUGACUAACACCAACCCAGAGCAAACGCACAAAGCCCGAGCAACUCCUCGCGGCGACGCCGUUUCAGACCAUCUCCGACCGCUCUCCGAUGGCUUUUUCCGGCCCGCCCAGGUUUGGAAGGGCAAGUCAAAGUAAUGACCCAGAUCAGAUAGAUCCUGCUAAACCCAUAUUGAAUGUGGCACCAUUGAAUAGCAUGCCAUAUAUUCCCCCAACCACAGAGCCAUCAGCAGCCAGAAAGUCCAGUGAACAAGAAAAAGUGAAGCCAGCUAUGGUGCUUUUACCUUCACUCGCAACAAGAGAAGAGCGGGAUAAGAUUUUGGAAACCACCAAAGGGGUUGUAUUGACUGGAGUUGCUGCAACGGGACAGGUGGGACCCAUAAUAGGAAAGGUUGACAUUGGUGAAGCUGAUGACUCGUACUUAUUUCGUGUCUCCCUGCCUGGUGUAUCUAGAGAUGAGAAUUUUAGUUGUUCCAUUGAGGCUGAUGGAGAAGUGAAAAUUAAGGGAACAACUACAACAGGCGAGAAAACAGUGUGCAAGAACUCCAUGGUCUUUCAGAUGCUCUCACAGAAUCUUGCCCCAGCAGGUCACUUCUCUAUCUCCUUCCACCUUCCUGGUCCAGUUGAUUUCCAGCAGUUCACUGGCUCUUUUGAGACUGAUGGGAUUCUCGAGGGCAUUGUGAAGAAGAAGAUAUAAUCCAAGAGUUUUCAGCUCGGAGAGGUCCAAUUUGGUUGAAGUGGACUCCACAGGCUAGGGUUAGGAUACACAGGAUGUAGUUUAAUGUUGUUCACGGUAUGCCUGGCAUUGCCCAAAGUACUAGUGCUUAAGGGCUUUGUUAAGUUGUUGUAUGUUAGUUUAUCUUUCUGUUGAAGUUGAAGGUUCUCUCAACCAAAUAUGAUAUAAAUGACUUCUCCUUAAAUUUGCAUUGUUGAUUUUGUCUGAA